CAGCGAAACGAGUCGUCGCCGCUGAACAUGUUUUAACAGUUAAAUUUAACACAGUCAUGUUGUGAAGUCGCUUCAUCUCCCGCAGACUGAGAGGUGAGCGCGUGGAUUCUGUUUAUGUUGAUAAUUAUGAAGUGAUGCGAAAGCGGAAUAACUCGCUGACUGCGGAGCCUGACAACAGGACCACCGGCACUCUGCUGGACAGCGACCCGGACCUGAAGCAGCGUCCCGGCAGAGGAGUAGCGAGGCCCGCAGCCGGCGGCCGGCAGGGCCCGGCAGACGAGCGGAGCAUGGCGAAGCCAUUCAGGAGGUUGGGUCUGGUGGGGAAGCUGAAGAGGAUGAUGAUGUGGCUGCUCGUUGUCUACGUCUCCAUCCCCUUCAUCAUCAAGCUCUGUCCGUCCAUCCAGGCCAAACUCGUCUUCCUCAACUUCGUGAGGAUGCCGUACUUCAUCGACCUGAAGCAGCCCCUGGACCAGGGAUUGAACCACACACACAACUUCUACAUGGAGCCUGAAGCUGGACUCAAGAUCGGAGUCUGGCACACAGUUCCUGCUCAGAUGUGGAGAGAAGCUCAGGAGAAAGGAGGCGACUGGUACGACUCCACAUUAAGCUCCACCCACCCUGUCAUUCUCUAUCUCCAUGGAAACGCAGGAACAAGAGGAGGAGACCACAGAGUUCAGCUGUACAAGGUCCUCAGUUCAUUAGGCUACCAUGUUGUGACGUUUGACUACAGAGGCUGGGGGGAUUCUGACGGGUCUCCAUCAGAGGGGGGGAUGACAUCUGAUGCUCUUUUCAUCUACGACUGGCUGAAACAGUGGCUGGAUAAAACACCGCUUUACAUCUGGGGACAUUCUCUGGGGACAGGAGUUGCCACUAACCUGGUCAGACGGCUGUGUGACAGAGGCAGUCCUCCUGACGCUCUGAUCUUAGAGUCUCCGUUCACCAACAUCAGAGAGGAGGCCAAGAGCCACCCCUUCUCCAUGGUUUACAGAUACCUGCCCGGCUUCGAUUGGUUCUUCCUGGACGCCAUCACAGCCAACAACAUCCGCUUUGCCAGCGAUGAAAAUGUGAAUCACAUCUCCUGCCCGGUGCUGAUCCUCCACGCUGAGGACGACAGUGUGGUUCCUUUCCAUCUGGGCAAAAAGCUCUACAACCUGGCCUCCCAGUCAAAGAGCCUCAGCGGUCACAAAGUUCAGUUCGUUCCCUUCCCCUCAUCUCUGGCCUACAAGCACAAGUUCAUCUACAGGAGCCCAGAGCUGCCAAACAUCCUCAGUGAUUUCCUCGGCACAGCUCAUCCCAUCGCACAGUGAAGACAACCAGGAGGACAAUUCAGCCUGAGCACACACACACACACACACACACACACACACACACGUUACUGUUUGCUUUCAGUGUGACUGAUGGGACUGAACGUCCCCACGUGAACUGAAUACAAACACACAUCAUUCCUCUGUUUCCAUUAGCAUUCCACACACACAGACACAUAUGAACAGCGGCUUCACACAGGGUCCUGGUGAUUGGUCCAGACGUUGGAGUGUGUUUAUGUUGUGCAGAGUGGGGACGGGGACGGGGACAGGGACGGGGAUCAAACCAAACCAUGACGAACUGAGACGUGAAGCGAAAAAUCUCUUGGUUUUUAUCUUUUUAAUCUUUCAUCAUCACAGCUCGACGCACUCGGAGCUGAUUCUUCCGACCUGUGUGAGUCUCUGUGAGUCUCUCUGCGAGUCUCUGCGUGAGUCUCUGCGUGAGUCUCUGUGAGUCUCUCUGCGAGUCUCUGCGUGAGUCUCUGUGA